UAAAAGGCACUUUUCGUGUGAAUUAAUUCUAGGGAAACGCCAGUGGUCAGUCGGCUUAAUUAACAAAUGCCUUGGGUGUAUUAUGAUUUUACAGGUAUCGUCGUGGACAGGUCAUCGUCCCUUAUGACACGUGUCACAUCCGACAUCGGUGUCGAAGUAACAUGGGAUGGCAUUAGCCGUGUCUAUGUCACGGUUCAAAACUACUGGAGCAGCAAAACUAAAGGUCUUUGUGGGAACUUCAAUAAAAACCAAGACGACGACUUCACUACUAGCGAAAAAAAUGUAGAAACUGAUGUUGCAUUGUUUGGUGAAUCUUGGAAGCUUGAUCCUAGUUGUAAAUCGGUUGCUAAAGAUCUACCCCAUCCAUGCACUGUUCAAGUUCAACGAGCAAGUGAAGCGGAAAGAAUGUGUAACAUAUUGAAACGAAAUCCAUUCACCAAGUGUCAUCAUGUGGUUAACCCUGAUGAAGGGUACCUCCAUAGCUGUACAUAUGAUGUGUGUGGGUGUCAGGAUGGCACUAAGUGUUUGUGUUCUGCCAUUGCUUCGUAUACGCAUGAUUGCGCAAGACAUGGUGUGGAAAUUGAAUGGAGAAAUCCUUCUGUUUUGCCUGAAUGCAGUAAGUGUUAAAGCGAUUAAAAUAGUAGUUAGAGGAUAUUUAAACAUUGUUUUUAAUUCUAUUUGAAGUAACUGUAACAGUGAGGUACCCCAACUAUGACAAUAACAUUUUUGUUCCGCAUUCUUGGUAAUUAACUGCAUUUCUAAUCGCCCUAAGUUAUUGAUAUGCACUUUAUUAAUACAUCUUGUGUGUCUCAAGGUAUUCAUUGCGGAAUUGCUGAUCAAAGUUAUCGCGAGUGUGGCUCAUCUUGUUACAAGAAAUGUCGAGAUCUUUCAAUGAAUACAGACUGUAGUGACGAAUGCUCUGCAGGAUGUUUCUGCCCUAAAGGUUCAAUAUUAAAUGAGGACGAUAUCUGUAUCCCAAUAUCUGAAUGUUCGUGUUACUACAAAGGAAAAGAAUAUAAACCAAACUCAGUUAUAACGCCAAACCGUUGUACCCAAUGGUGAGUAACGGUAUA